AUGCGUCGCGCGCUUCUGCUCACCCGACGAACCACUGCGCGCACUUCUCGCUCUCCUCGUCACGACGACCACUUUUUCGUUUCCUCCACUUAUGUUUCGAAUAAUGCUUUUUUCGAGAGUUUAAGGAGGAGCGGCUUUGCGACUGAGACGACGCGUUGUCGUGCGGCCACCACGACCACCCGUUUUCACUCGCACAAUCAAAGACGAGACCAAUCCAACGGUGGGCACCAGCGUUUAGCGGAAUUGCGAGAGACGUUAGCGAAAGAAGACGCCACGGUUUCGGACUUUGUUCUCGGAACGUCCUUAUCCGGCGAAAACGAGUAUUCCUCCCCCGCGCCGAAGAACAUGAGAGACAAGACGGUGAGGAAACCCGAGUGGCUGAAACGAACGCUCCCGGGCGGGACGGAGGAUUCGAAGUAUUCAAAGAUAAAAUCGAGACUGAAAGAGCUAAAGUUGAGCACGGUGUGCGAAGAGGCUAAGUGCCCGAAUUUAGGCGAGUGUUGGGGCGGCGGGGACGGGCACACGGCGACGGCGACGAUUAUGAUCAUGGGGGACACGUGCACGAGAGGGUGUAAGUUUUGCGCGGUGAAAACGUCGAAAGCGCCUCCGCCGUUGGAUAAAGACGAACCGGAAAACGUGGCGAAGGCGAUUAGCGAGUGGGGGUUGGAUUAUAUCGUGUUGACGAGCGUUGAUAGAGACGAUUUAGAGGACCAAGGUGCCGGGCAUUUCGCGAAAACGAUUAAGAAUUUGAAGGAGAAAGUGAAAGGAGGCGGCGAAGGCGGGUUUGUGAGUAACCAGGAUAAAGAUAAGAGGAUUUUAGUCGAGGCGUUGACGCCGGAUUUUCGAGGCGAGGAUAGAUUAAUCGAUACGGUCGCGUUGAGUGGGCUAGAUGUGUUCGCCCACAACGUGGAAACCGUGCCAGAGUUACAAACGCACGCGAGAGAUCCGAGAGCGAAUUGGGACCAGAGUAUCCACGUGUUGAAAAGAGCGAAAAAGACCGCGAAAGAUGUCGGAGGUGUGGAUUUGAUCACCAAGACGAGCAUAAUGCUCGGUCUGGGCGAAACGAGAACGCAAGUGUACGAAGCGUUGAAGUUGUUGAGAGAAGCUGGCGUGGACGUGGUCACGUUUGGGCAAUACAUGCGACCGACAAAGAGACAUUUGAAAGUCGAGGAGUACGUCACUCCGAAAGCGUUUGAUAUGUACGGGAAGAUGGCGGAAGAUUUGGGCUUUUUAUACGUCGCGAGCGGACCGAUGGUAAGAAGUUCGUACAGAGCCGGCGAGUUUUUCUUGAGGAACGAGUUGAGGAAACGCGAAGGAGAGAAAAUGACCGCCGCGUCGUCGUAA